CUCGCGAUAUUCUGGGUUGUGUUCCCUUCACCCGGCCUAGGCGGAUUCAACCCAUCGCUGUGCCUGGCAAUGGCCGAUCCCAAGUAUGCGGACCUGCCCGGCAUUGCCAGGAAUGAACCUGAUGUGUAUGAAACAAGUGAUCUUCCUGAAGAUGACCAAGCAGAGUUUGAUGCGGAGCUGGAGGAGCUAACUAGCACCAGUGUGGAACAUAUCAUAGUCAAUCCCAAUGCUGCCUAUGACAAAUUUAAGGACAAGAGAGUGGGUACCAAAGGACUAGACUUCUCUGAUCGUAUUGGCAAAUCCAAAAGAACUGGGUAUGAGUCUGGAGAAUAUGAAAUUUUAGGGGAAGGGCUGGGUGCAAAAGAGACCCCCCAGCAGAAAUACCAGCGACUGCUGCAUGAAGUUCAGGAACUGACCGCUGAAGUGGAGAAGAUCAAGACCACCAUGAAGGAGGCCACAACUGAGGAGAAGCUUACACCAGUUGCCCUUGCUAAGCAGGUGGCUGGCCUGAAGCAGCAACUGGUCUCCACCCACCUGGAGAAGCUGCUGGGGCCAGAUGCAGCCAUCAAUUUGACAGAUCCUGAUGGAGCCUUAGCUAAGCGCUUGCUUAUUCAACUGGAAGCGGCCAGGAGCACUAAAGCUACUCCUGCAGGUGGGAAGAGCCCUGCAAAAGCCCCGACCAGUCCAGGAAACACAGUGACUUAUGAACUGCACUCCCGGCCCGAGCAGGACAAGUUCUCCCAGGCUGCCAAGAUUGCAGAAAUGGAGAAGCGGAUGGCUGAGCUGGAAGCUACAGUUCGCUGUGAGCAGGAUGUGCAGAAUCCUCUGUCUGUUGGACUGCAGGGAGCUAGCCUUAUGGAAACUGUGGAGAUCCUGCAGGCCAAAGUCAGCUCCUUAGAUGUGGCUUCCUUGGACCAGGUGGAGGCACGGCUACAGAGUGUCUUGGGAAAGGUGAAUGAGAUUGCUAAACACAAGUCUGCCGUGGAGGAUGCAGACACCCAAAGCAAGGUGCAUCAGCUCUAUGAGAUAGUUCAGCGCUGGAGCCCUUUGGCCAGCACCCUGCCUGAGGUGGUACAGCGCCUGGUCACUGUGCGGCAGCUGCACGAACAAGCCAUGCAGUUUGGGCAGCUCCUGACCCAUUUGGACACUACCCAGCAAAUGAUUGCUAAUUCCUUGAAGGACAACGCUGUUCUGCUUACCCAGGUUCAGAAGACCAUGAAGGAGAACCUUGCAGUUGUUGAGGACAAUUUUGCCAACAUUGACGCACGGGUGCAGAAGCUUGCCAAGUGAAUCCCCUCAGUCACAUCCAGUACGCUGAUGUUACUGGAGGGGGAUGUUGCCUCAGGACACAUGUAAAAGCAAAGGACUGGUGUAUGGCUAGAAACUCAUGUAUCCACACCUGGAAGCAGUGAUUGGGCUGUGGGUAUCGUGCAAGUACAUGGAUGUGUAAUUUGUUGUUUUUUUUGCUUUACACAUUGUGCUGCUUUGCUUUUUAAUAUAUAUACUACCUUUCUACCAAAAUAGGUUUUAACAAUGGCCAAAGUUUAAAACAAGAUCUUAAUAAUAAACAAAACAGUAGAAGUAGACAGUACGCAGCCCAUUAAAAACACCUUCAGCAACAGGCCAGCUUGUGUGUCGAAGGCCUGCUUGAAUACAAAUGCAUCGGCCUGCUGGCAGGAGGACAACAGAGAGGACAGCCUAGGCUUUCUUGUCUGUCCCUCACUUGGCCUUUGAGAGGCCAUCAGGACAAUUUCCAACCUAUUGAGAGGUAAGCUAUACACAAAACAAUAAAAGUACACUAAAAUUAACAACCCCAACCUCAGUCUAAAUUCAUGCUCUCAUUAUGACAAAGAAAUGGAGUUUCUAAAUGACCUCAAAGUUUGUGCCCUAGUACAGUCAAAUCAUGGAACUGACAAGAAGGGACCUUGAAUGAUGCCCAGAAUCUAGUACAAUAUCUGAGUUAGUGAUCUGAUUGAAAACUGUGACUGCAAUGCUAAUUUAAAUUGAAUAUAAAUGGGAAAAUGCCAGGCAAA